GCCCGACCCGGCUCGGCUCGGCUCUGCUCGGGUGCACGCCGCGGCCAUGCAGCGCCGGGGCGCCCUGUUCGGCAUGCCGGGCGGCAGCGGCAGCAGGAAGAUGGCUGCAGGAGACAUCGGCGAGCUGCUGGUGCCUCACAUGCCCACGAUCCGCGUGCCCAGGUCGGGGGACAGGGUGUACAAGAACGAGUGCGCCUUCUCGUACGACUCCCCCAAUUCUGAAGGUGGACUCUAUGUAUGCAUGAAUACAUUUUUGGCCUUUGGAAGGGAACAUGUUGAAAGACAUUUUCGAAAAACUGGACAGAGUGUAUACAUGCACCUGAAAAGACACGUGCGAGAGAAGGUAAGAGGGGCAUCUGGUGGAGCUUUACCAAAACGGAGGAAUUCCAAGAUUUUUUUAGAUCUAGAUACUGAUGACGAUUUAAAUAGCGACGAUUAUGAAUAUGAAGACGAAGCCAAACUUGUUAUAUUCCCAGACCACUAUGAAAUAGCACUGCCAAAUAUUGAGGAGUUACCAGCCCUGGUAACAAUUGCUUGUGAUGCGGUUCUCAGCUCAAAAUCUCCAUAUAGAAAGCAGGACCCAGACACAUGGGAAAAUGAAUUGCCGGUAUCCAAAUAUGCCAAUAACCUUACCCAGUUGGACAAUGGAGUCAGGAUUCCUCCGAGUGGUUGGAAGUGUGCCAGGUGUGACCUGCGGGAGAACCUCUGGUUGAAUCUGACCGAUGGCUCCGUGCUGUGUGGGAAGUGGUUCUUCGACAGCUCUGGAGGCAACGGCCACGCGCUGGAGCAUUACAGAGACAUGGGCUACCCUCUAGCCGUGAAACUGGGAACCAUCACUCCUGACGGGGCGGAUGUUUAUUCCUUUCAAGAAGAGGAACCUGUUUUGGAUCCUCAUUUGGCCAAGCACUUAGCGCAUUUUGGAAUUGAUAUGCUUCAUAUGCAUGGGACAGAGAACGGGCUUCGGGACAAUGACAUCAAGCCUCGGGUCAGCGAGUGGGAAGUGAUCCAGGAGACGGGGACGAAGCUGAAGCCCAUGUAUGGCCCCGGGUACACGGGUCUCAAGAAUCUGGGCAACAGCUGCUACCUGAGUUCCGUCAUGCAGGCCAUCUUCAGCAUCCCAGAGUUCCAGAGAGCGUAUGUAGGAAAUCUUCCAAGAAUAUUUGACUACUCUCCUUUAGAUCCAACACAGGACUUCAACACACAGAUGACUAAGCUAGGACAUGGCCUUCUCUCAGGCCAGUAUUCAAAACCUCCAGUGAAAUCUGAACUCAUUGAACAGGUGAUGAAGGAGGAACACAAGCCUCAACAGAAUGGGAUCUCUCCACGCAUGUUUAAGGCCUUUGUCAGCAAGAGCCACCCAGAAUUCUCCUCUAAUAGACAGCAGGAUGCCCAGGAGUUUUUCUUGCACCUGGUGAAUCUAGUAGAGAGGAACCGCAUUGGCUCAGAAAACCCAAGUGAUGUUUUUCGGUUUUUGGUGGAAGAACGUAUUCAGUGCUGUCAGACGCGCAAAGUCCGCUACACGGAGAGGGUGGAUUACCUGAUGCAGUUGCCUGUGGCCAUGGAGGCAGCAACCAACAAGGAUGAACUGAUUGCCUAUGAGUUAACGAGGAGGGAGGCAGAAGCAAACAGAAGACCCCUUCCCGAGUUGGUUCGCGCCAAGAUACCAUUUAGUGCCUGCCUUCAGGCUUUUUCUGAACCGGAAAACGUAGAUGAUUUCUGGAGCAGCGCCCUACAAGCAAAGUCUGCGGGUGUGAAAACAUCUCGCUUUGCCUCAUUCCCUGAAUACUUGGUAGUGCAGAUAAAGAAGUUCACUUUUGGUCUUGACUGGGUUCCCAAAAAAUUUGAUGUUUCUAUUGAUAUGCCAGACCUACUUGAUAUCAACCAUCUCCGAGCCAGGGGGUUACAGCCAGGAGAGGAGGAGCUUCCGGACAUCAGCCCCCCUAUAGUCAUUCCUGAUGACUCAAAAGAUCGCCUGAUGAACCAACUCAUAGACCCCUCAGACAUUGAUGAGUCAUCAGUGAUGCAGCUGGCUGAGAUGGGUUUCCCUCUAGAAGCAUGUCGGAAGGCUGUGUACUUUACUGGAAAUAUGGGAGCUGAAGUGGCCUUCAACUGGAUCAUUGUUCACAUGGAAGAGCCAGAUUUUGCUGAACCACUGACCAUGCCUGGUUAUGGAGGAGCAGCUUCUGCUGGAGCCUCUGUUUUUGGUGCUACUGGAUUGGACAACCAACCUCCGGAGGAAAUUGUAGCUAUCAUUACCUCCAUGGGAUUCCAUCGAAAUCAGGCUGUUCAGGCACUACGAGCCACGAAUAAUAACCUGGAAAGAGCACUGGAUUGGAUCUUUAGUCACCCUGAGUUUGAGGAGGACAGUGACUUUGUGAUCGAGAUGGAGAAUAACGCCAAUGCCAACAUUAUUUCUGAGGCCAAGCCUGAAGGACCUAGAGUCAAGGAUGGAUCUGGAAUGUAUGAAUUAUUUGCGUUCAUCAGUCACAUGGGAACAUCUACAAUGAGUGGCCAUUAUGUUUGCCACAUUAAAAAGGAAGGAAGGUGGGUGAUCUACAAUGACCACAGAGUGUGUGCCUCAGAAAGGCCCCCCAAGGACCUGGGCUACAUGUACUUUUACCACAGGGUGCCACGCUGAGCCUCAGGCGCGCCAGUUGGCGAGAGGAAGCCACACGCCUUUUUAAUUUGCCAAAAAAAAAAAAAAGAGCAGAAGUUGGGACAGCCAGACAUGAACGAAUACAUGGGGUAUUUAUAGUUUAUUUAAAGAACAUCAUUUGACGCCUUCUGAAAUAGAACUGGGAAGAAAUUUCUAUUAGUGAUGAUACACUACUGUAGAUAGUUUUUCUUUUUAUAAAUGUUCAAGGAGAGGAUGAUUUAAAAAAAAAAGUAUUUAUAUUGCUGGUGGGGGAUCUGCCACUGUCACACCAAAAAAUGGGAAUGUGCCACCAGCCCUCUAUUAUGCUUUGGGGGCCAGUGGUGUGGCCUCACCCCCCCCAAUAAACAAAAAGCCCAUUUUUGUUUCAUAUCGAAAAUCAGUAAUGGGAUGGGCUUUAUUUGUGACACAAUUUUUUCAUUACACACAAUUUCUGACGUAGCCAUGUAUAGAAGAUUAGAGCAUCUGCAAUGAAAGGUAUUUUUAAUUUAAUCGUAUCGAAAUUCAUGAUGUGAUUGUGUGAAUGCAUGAGGGUGAGAUCGUUAUCGUCAACCAGGAAAUCUGUGCCGGGCUGGUUUUUAAAGAUUAAAGCAGUUGGUAUUAAGCAUAGCUGGGAAAAGCAAGUAACUAUUUUAAAGAAACUAUAACUCAGGAACAGUUUUAAAAAUUGGCUCCCCACUUAGAUUUUCACGCAUAAAAAGGGCUGAGUUGUCCCUUUAAGUGCUGUCAAGAAUUCACUGGGGUUUGGGACAUUUGGUGGAAUAAGGUCGAUGCCCACAGCAGCACAAUAUUGUUCUUUGCCAAACAAAGGUAGAUGAAUUCUGUUUCUCAGCAGCCCUUCCCGCUAAGGCAUAGCAUGUAUUUUUAGUUAAAAUAGCUAAUCUUACCAUAACAUGUAACAACUCCCUGGAAUCACACAAAGUGCCCCAAAUUUGUCUGUAAUUUUCUUGUGCCCACGCUCUUUGCCUGCCUCUGUUUCUACAUUUUCCUGGGGCUAGAGUCUCCUCUCGGCCCUCUCUUGGCUAAUCACCUCCUGACUUGCCUUCGCUGCUUAUUUGCUGCGACUAGCAGUGUGAUCUUGGGUACCUUAAGGGCCUCAGGUGCAAAGUAAAUUUUUCUGACGUUAUGAAAGACCAUCAUUUCCAUUUUGGUAUCUUAGUAUUUUUGUUGCAACCUAGGAUUAGAUCAGAGUUUCAGAUGUGAUGAAAAAGUGCCACGAGCCUGGUUUAUCAUCUUCCUACAGCUCUGUACCGAAUUCCAAGGUCUCUGGAGUUUCUAUUUCAGAUUGUCCAGUCAAAUGAAGAAGGAUCUAUUGCAAUCUGCUUACCAGGCAUUUGGUUGGUAGAAAGAAUCUUUCUAGAAACUGUAGGAAAAUUAAGUAGAACCAGCUGGGUAAAAUGCCACAUGGACGGUGGAUUAUGACAUGGUGAGUUGUGAAGAGUCAGGAUUCCGGUUAUGAUCAGGGCUCCUCUCCCGGGAGUUCAGCUCCCCGUGUGUGUGAGGGACGCCGUGCCCCAGGCCCAGAGUCCGGAGACUUGGGUGCUGCCCCUAGCUGGGCAAGUCCCUCAUCCUCCCUGUGCCUCACUUUCCUUAUCUGCACAAUGAUACCUGCUCUCUCUUGCCAACUGUGCUUUGAGGAUAUGGUGAGAUUUGAUACAAUGACUCGUGAAAGAGUAGCAGGUGGGGUGCCAUGUGGGUCCUAGGAAAGUGUGCUCCCUCCUUCUCUCGUCUGAUGCUUUCUUCAAUUUGGGAACAAAUGCAGUUGGCAUAAGGAGGGAGCUCAUGAUGCAGUAAUUCUGUCUCUACUCGGUUGUACCCACCGGUGUCCUCUUUUAAUGUUGCUUCGGAUAUCCUAAAGCAGCUCCACUGUCACAUGAGUCUCAGACUCCUGUAGAAAUCCCCACGCUAAGCAGCCUUAAAAAAUCCAGCCUCCUGAGGGCUGAGUGUCAUGGAAUAAUGACGUCAAACACACAUCCAAAAUGACUUCUUUUCAACGCUAUUACAAAGCGAAGGCCUUCUUCAGGGGUGGGGGGGGUGGAUAUUGGGGAUUUGGAGUGAAAUGUGGACAAAGAUAGCAUGUGUAUUUUGAACAAAAUAAAAAUUUUGUAAUAAAACUUUGCAAAAUGGUGUAAAAUCAGUAUAAGACUAUAGGCUAUACAUUAUUUAAUUUUGUUAAGUAGAAAAAUAAACUUAGCCCUUCCGAUGCCUAACAUAUUGUAAGAAAGUAUACUGUGGCUGCCUUUUUUUCCUGCCUCACAAAACAAAGGGCUAUUUCUACAAGGCAAAGUUUUGUAUAUGUGCUAUUCUUCAUUUCAGAUUGAGAGCUGGGGAAAAACUGGAGCAAAUAAUGGGUUUCUUUCUUGCUUAAAAGUGUAUUUAUAUGUAUACCUUAAUAUAUACAAAGCAGGUUUCCCUGGAAUAAAAGUCUGGAACAUACGCCUUCAUUUUACACACAUAUGUUGACGAGAUUACUUGUGACUGGAAACUGGAAUAACGUGUGGAUUUUGUCAACUGAUUAUCAGCCUGUGAGGAGUCCUCUGUGUGAGGUGUGGUGGUAUAAUUGUGAAAUUCUCACUGUGCGUGGCUAUACGUGUGAAAGUGCAUUUUUUUUUUCUGUAAAUAUCUUUUGAUACCCUUUUGUGUAGAAUCCCAAUGAAUGUGUCUUUGGAAAAUGUAUCAAAGUUUUUAUUUUGUCAAUUGAUCUAAGUGCCCAUAUAACUAAUCAGAAAUCCAGUUUGGUUCAGAUUGGGAUUUUUUUUUUUUUAAGGGGAAAAAGCAUGCAGAAAGGACUAUCGGAAGAAUCGUGUUUUAAUGCCACGUUACAUCAACAUUGCUUCGUGUUUUGAAUUGA